CCCGGCACCUGCCAACAUGGAAGGUGGCGACGGCGGCGUCGCUGUAGCUGGCCUUGGGGCUCUGGGCUCUGCAGCGGCUACGGCGACAGUCCGGGAGCUCCUGCAGGACGAGUGUUAUAGAGACUUUCUAAAUGAGGACUUUGAUGUGAAAGCUUACACUUCGCAAUCAAUUCAUCAAGCUGUAAUUGCUGAACAACUAGCAAAACUUGCCCAAGGAAUCAGUCAGUUGGAUAAAGAACUACACCUACAGGUUGUUGCAAGACAUGAAGAUUUACUGGCACAAGCAACUGGGAUUGAGUCUUUAGAAGGUGUUCUUCAGAUGAUGCAGACAAGAAUUGGAGCUUUACAGGGAGCUGUUGAUAGGAUGAAAGCAAAAAUUGUUGAACCAUACAACAAAAUAGUAGCACGCACUGCGCAGCUAGCAAGACUUCAGGUUGCCUGUGAUUUGCUUCGGAGAAUUAUUCGCAUCCUGUAUCUCAGUAAGAGACUCCAAGGACAACUGCAAGGGGGAUGUAGAGAGAUAACAAAAGCAGCUCAGAGUCUCAAUGAACUUGAUUAUCUUUCUCAAGGAAUAGAUCUUUCUGGAAUAGAAGUAAUAGAAAAUGAUCUACUUUUUAUUGCAAGAGCUCGACUUGAAGUGGAAAAUCAAGCUAGGCGCCUGUUGGAACAAGGUCUAGAGACUCAGAAUCCAACUCAGGUUGGAACAGCUCUUCAGGUUUUCUAUAAUCUUGGAACUUUGAAGCAUACUGUUACCAGUGUCGUGGAUGGAUACUGUGCUACUUUGGAAGAAAAUAUCAACAGUGCAUUAGACAUCAAAGUUUUGACUCAGCCAUCGCAGUCAGCUGUGAGAGGGGGUCCAGGAAGAUCUACCAUGCCAACCCCAGGAAAUACUGCAGCUUUUCGUGCUUCCUUGUGGACCAAUAUGGAGAAACUUGUGGAUCAUAUUUGUGCUGUUUGUGGACAGGUGCAACAUCUACAGAAAGUCUUAACCAAGAAGAGAGAUCCUGUUUCUCACAUUUGUUUCAUUGAAGAAAUAGUUAAGGAUGGACAGCCUGAAAUUCUAUACAAGUUUUGGAAUUCAGUUACUCAAGCCCUUUCUUCUCAGUUCCACCUGGCAACCAACUCUUCUGUGUUUUUAAAACAGUCAUUUGAAGGAGAGUACCCUAAAUUGUUGCGUCUUUAUAAUGACUUAUGGAAGCGUCUUCAACAAUACCAUCAGAAUAUCCAAGGAAAUUUUAAUGCAGGUGGAAACACAGAUCUCUAUGUUGAGCUACAGCACAUGGAAGACGAUGCACUGGAUGUAUUCAUACCAAAGAGGCCAGAUUAUGAUCCAGAAAAGGCUUUGAAAGACUCUCUGCAACCUUAUGAGGCUGCUUACCUGUCAAAAUCCUUAUCUCGACUCUUUGACCCUAUCAACUUGGUUUUUCCCCCUGGUGGGCGUAAUCCUCCUUCAUCUGAUGAACUUGAUGGCAUCAUUAAGACUAUAGCAAGUGAGCUAAAUAUAGCUGCCGUUGAUGCAAACCUCACAUUAGCUGUGUCAAAAAAUGUGGCCAAGACCAUCCAGUUAUAUGGUGUAAAAUCAGAGCAGCUUCUCUCCACACAAGGAGAUGCGAGUCAGGUGAUUGGACCUCUUACCGAAGGACAGAAAAGAAAUGUGGCAGUGGUCAACUCACUGUAUAAGUUACACCAAUCAGUAACAAAGGUGGUUUCCAGCCAGAGCUCCUUCCCAGCAGCAGCUGAGCAGACUAUAAUUUCAGCCCUCAAGACGAUCCACACUCUGAUGGGAAAUGCUGUGCAGCCCUUACUGACCUCCGUGGGGGAUGCCAUCGAGGCUAUCAUCAUCACCAUGCAUCAGGAAGAUUUCUCUGGGUCGGUGUCCGGCUCAGGAAAGCCCGACGUUCCUUGUUCUCUGUACAUGAAGGAGCUGCAGGGUUUCAUUGCCCGAGUUAUGAGUGACUACUUCAAACACUUCGAAUGCUCAGAUUUUGUCUUUGACAACACGGAAGCUAUUGCCCAACGAGCAAUUGAGCUUUUUAUCCGCAAUGCUAGUCUCAUAAGACCUCUUGGUGAAGGUGGGAAAAUGCGACUUGCUGCUGAUUUUGCACAGAUGGAGCUGGCUGUGGGUCCCUUCUGCAGACGAGUCUCGGACUUAGGGAAGUCCUAUCGGAUGCUGAGGUCGUUCAGACCACUGCUGUUCCAGACCAGUGAACAUGUGGCCAACAGCCCAGCACUGGGGGACAUCAUACCCUUCAGCGUCGUCAUCCAGUUCUUGUUCACGCGCGCACCUGCUGAGCUGAAGUCCCCCUUCCAGAGGGCGGAGUGGUCCCACGCGCGUUUCUCCCAGUGGCUGGACGACCAUCCCUCUGAGAAGGACAGGCUGCUCCUCAUCAGGGGAGCCUUGGAAGCAUAUGUUCAGUCUGUGAGAAGUAGAGAAGGCAAAGAAUUUGCACCAGUUUAUCCCAUCAUGCUCCAGCUGCUUCAGAAAGCCAUGUCCGCCCAUCAGUAGUGGCACGUGAGUCCCUGUAAGCUGGCAGCCCCUGCCUGCCGUCUUAGGGAUGGAACGGCCUUUGCUGUGUCUCCUGCCGGUCCUGGUCCUUCUCUGCUCCGCUUGGCGCACUCAGCCAUCAGGAGCCUCCGUGUGGGGGCAGAGGUGCCGUCAGCACUGUGAACGCCACGAGCUCCUCUCCCCAGAAGACACCCAACCCUCUUCUCCCCUUCCAGCUCCUGUGGGACCCCAGAUGUCUGUCCUGCCACCAUGGGUGCACACACACCCGUGUGUGUGUGUGU